GCUUUUUUCUACAUUGUCGUAUGUUCCAUUUAAGCAUCUAGAUAAGAAAAAAAACGUUUGAAGCAAAGAACGUUGCAAACCUAAACGCUAAACGAGUAAGGGGAAACCAAUUUAGAAUAGAUAUUUGACCUUUUUUGGGGUCAUUGCUACUAUAGAGAAAUAUGUCUAACUUCUAGUAAUGUCGCGUCGCGUCACCUUGACGUAAACGAGAUGCGUUCCUUUGCAAACAUUUGCGCAACUAUUGCUCAACUAUAUAGAUGUGGUAAUUUCAGAGCAAUUGUUGAAUCUGUUUCAUACUUGUUAACAUAUACAAAGCAGUUAAUAGGUCAAGCAAUUUAUGGUCGAGAGAGUGCAAAGAGCGGGGUGUCAUGACUUAUUAUACACCAAGUGAGUAUUUUUGGUACCAGUAUUGCGCGUUUUCUUUCUCUGUCUUUUUAAUACCUCUUUAGUACGCUGGGCAAGGUCGUAACGUGAUGUGCUAUAUAAUCGUAAUAAAGUAGUCUAGAGGAUAUUUUGUUUUAUUUAUAAAUCGUUAGUUUAGUCUACCAAAU